AUGGGAGUACACCCUGCGGAAGUACGUGCUGAUUCACAGAAGAUUGGUACUGUCUCGGGGUUCAUACCACUGGUGAUAAUUUGUAGGGAUAUGUUGCAAGUUUACAUGGAGGGGCAUAAAGACCUGAAGAAUAUCUUGGCACUACUAGAUAGUAGGGUCAAAAGUAUGUGCCAGAAAACCCUAAUGCUUGCAGCUGCCGUGCUAAACCCUCAAGGUCACUACAAGUUUAGCACCACUUCAAAUCCUGACUAUUUGAAGGAGCUAGCAAUUGUAAUCGAAAGGAUUGCUGAUUCCCCUGAAAGCGCAGUUCAGGCUUUAUCUGAGUUCCAGGAUUACAAAGCGAACAAAGGAAUAUUUGGUACUACAACAGCUCGAUUGGCUGCUAUUUCUCCUAAUGUAACUCCAACCACUUGGUGGUCUCUUUAUGGAGGAGACACCAAAGAAUUGCAAAAAUAUGCAUUGAGGAUUGUGUCACAGUGCAUUUCUACAAGUGGCUGUGAACGAAACUGGAGUAGAUUCUCACUGGUCCAAACCAAACUGAGAAACAAACUGUGCUACAUUAAACUUCAUAAGUUGGUCUAUGUGAAUCAUAACCUGAAGCUACGUGUGCAACAUCUUGAAGCUAAUGAUCAACUUGAGAAGGAAAAGUUUGCAGAUCCUAUUCAAGAUAUGAUAGAUUGUGCACUUUUUGAUCAUACCAAUCCAAUUACAGAGUGGCUAAAUGAACCAGAUUCUGUUGUUGAUCAAAAAGCUGAACAAUCUUAUAGACUAGUGCGUGAAAAGAGUCUUCUUGGAACGAGAGAGCGAGGGAAAGCUGGACUAGUGCAUGAUAAAAGAAAGAAGGGGGCAAGUGAGGAUGGGGAUGAUGAGUUUGAUGAAAACGAGAGUGAGAGUGAUGAUAUUGGAACAUGGGAUGAUAGCGAUAAUGGGGCUGAUGACGAAGGAGACACUGAUGGAGACGGAGAAGAUGAAGAUAAGGUCCCUUCCUCUAAGAAGCAGCAAGGGCUGAAAGAAGAGAGGAUUUCCAAUCCAUGUCCUGCUCCAGAAACGCAUGGUGAUGAUGAAACCGCACUAGCAGGUUCUAAAUCAUUGUUGUGUCCAUUUUUGUCUGUUGGCAUAGUGAAAUAUUUCCAACCCGCCCGGCGGAGUGUGGCAGGCCACCGACGCCGGAGACCCCAUUAUCCGGGACACGCACUACCGCCGGUACCUGGUGUUCUUCUACUGCAACGCCACCGGGUUCGCCUCGUCGCUGGUGGUCAUCAUCCUCAUCCUCCUCCUGUCCGUCCAGCACGAGGACAUGAGCGCGCGAACAUCUGGACGUGGCGGCACACCCUCGUGCCCCUGCGGGUGGUCAUGGCGCUGGACCUGCUCAGCAUCUUGGGCGCCUACGCCGCCGCCGCCACCUGCCGGGACGCGGUCACCACCACGUACAGAACGCUGCUGGUGGUUGGGGUUUUCGCCUACCUCAUGGUCCAGGUGGGGCUGUCGUCGUCGGCGCGGCACAGGGGCGACCAGCAGAUCGCCGCCGGCAGCGGCGACGCCGACGCCGACCGCGAGGUGCUCGGCGAGCGGCCGCGCAAGGUCCUGAUGCUGCUCGCGACGUUCGCGGUCAGCGUCACGUACGUGUCCGGGCUGAGCACGCCCGGCGGCUUCUCGGACAGCUCCCAGGCGGGCCACGCCGCUGGCGACGCCGUCCUGCAGGACUACAACCGCGCCCGCCUGGUCACCUUCUUCCUCUGCAACACCACGGCGUUCGUCGCGUCCCUGCUCAUCAUCCUGUUGCUCCUGGACAAGAAGCUGCGCGCCAACGCCGGCCUGAGCUCCCACGAGCUCUACGGGUGCAUCGUCGUCGCGCUGGCCGGCCUCGUCGCCGCGUACGCCGCGGGGAGCUGCCGGGACGCCGAGACCACCGCCUACGUCGUCGUCCUGGUCGCCGUUAUUCUGGGAUACAUGUUGUUCCAGGUCUAUUUUGCUGUAAAAGUCGUGGAAGCCACACGGAAGUCCAACUUGUGGCAAUGGCUAGCAAGCGUCUAUGCUGCAGCAUCAGGCUGGGAGGAAGUUAUCAAUGAAUCGAUGGACAAGGCUCACUCUCUCGUUCUACUGCUCGCCAGUCUCGCAACCAGCGUGACCUACCAAGCAGGGCUGGUCCCACCCGGCGACGUCUGGCAGGACGACGGCGACGGCCACCUGGCCGGCGACCCGAUACUCCUAACGACGCACCCUAGGCGGUACAAGACAUUCUACUACUGCAACUCGACCGCUUUCAUGGCGUCCCUGGCCGCCAUCGUCCUGGUCCAGCGGAGGUCCGCGCUCAUCAAGCGCCACACGCUGGAGGCCGCCAUGAUCCUCGACCUCUUUCGGCCUCAUGGGCGCAGGAUCGCCGGGCGGCAGCAGGACGACGACGUCUCGGUCGAGAAGCGGCGCAAGCGGCUUUUCCUCUUCGCCAUCCUGGUCGCCACCAUCACCUACCAGGCCGGGCUGACCCCACCGAGCGGCUUCAGGCCCAAGGACGACGACCAGGGCCACCGCGCCGGCGAGCCGGUGCUCCUCUCCAACUACCCGCGCCGCUACAAGGCCUUCUUCUACAAAAACUCGCUGAGCUUCAUGUCGGCCAUCGCCCACAUCAUACUGCUCGUGAACCCGAACCUGUACCGGCCGGCGAUACGGAGCUACGCGCUCUCCGUCUGCACGGCGGUCGGCCUGCUGGGUCUCGUCGGCGCCUACGCCGCCGGGAGCACGCAGCAUCUCAAGACGUCGAUAUAUAUAUUCGUGUUGGCGUUUCUGGUGAUCCUGCUCAUGGCCGUGCUUUUCGUAGUAGCAGGAAGGAAGAAAGGGAAGAACAAGGGGAAGACCACCAGCAACGUCGCUGACGAGUCGUCCGCCAUUGAAGCGGGCAGUGGCGGCACCGGAGGAGGGAACCCGGUGGACGGAGACAUCGCAGAGCCGGUGGCGCCCAGGGCUGGAGGAGCAGAGGUCGACGAAGUUAGGGCGAAGGAGAGACACGCCAAGUGCAAAUACCUUAUGCUGCUGGGCAUCCUGAUGGCGAGCGUGACCUACCAAGCGGGGCUCGAUCCGCCGGGCGGCGUGUGGCAGAGCGACGGCGACGGGCACGCUGCCGGCGACCCGGUACUCCGCACCAACCGGAGGCUCCGGUACCUCUUCUUCUUCCACUGCAACUCCACCUCCUUCGUGGCGUCCGUCGUCGUCGUCGUCCUGCUGCUGCCCCGGCAGCUGAUGGACAUCGGCUGGUGGCUCACGGUGACCAACGUGACCAUCGUGCUCAAUCUCUUCGGCCUCCUCGGCGCGCACGCCGCCGGCUCGAGCAGGGGGUGGGAGACGUCCGGGUACAUCGUCGCCAUGAUCGUCGCCGCGCUGGCCUUCGUCUUCGUGCACGCGCUUACGUCGUGCUUCGGCAGGACGCGACGACCAAGGAGCUCGAGCCAUCUGCCGGCUGGGGACGUGCCUCCUCAGCUCAAGAAACCCGGAAGCAUUGGGCGUCGUCGGCCACUUGAAGUUUCGGUGUGA